AUGAGGGGCGCUUACGAGUUUCUGUUUCUGGUGCAUGCGGUCGCUGCCAUUACUGGACCGAGAAUAGAAAAUGACUUCGAUAGAAACAGACAACCGCCGCUUGGGCACCCCGGCUUCAGCGAGCACCAAACGAGAUUCGGAUUGAACUCACCCCUACAAAACUUCCAGCAGCAACCGAACCUGGGGACCAGCUCACCCACUCCCAUACAAUUCCCGCAACCCAUUUUCAAUCAUCAACCCUAUGUUCCACAGUUCAACAACCUCCUCCCGGCGCAAAACAUUCCGAGCAAUCUCCCCAUACAGAACAAUGGGCUCCAAUAUCCGCAACAGAACAUCAACCCACAGUUGAACAACUACCAACAAAACUUGGGCCAAAUACCGCAACCUAACCAAAACAUACCGCAACCACUUCCAACACUAGCGUCCUUUCAAAACGGACUUCCCCUAAACCAAAAUAACGGCUUGCAGUUACAAUCUAUUCCACAGAACUUUAAUCCGAAUCAAAACGUUCAAAACUUCAAUAUUGCACCAUCACGCCCGACCCAACCCGCAUUCCUGCCCACUUUGCAACCCACUCAAAGUCAGCAAGUUUUUAAUUCACCGAAUCCGAUCACCAUUCAAGCCGCUCCCAAUCUAGCGCCACAAAAUGUAAAUAACCAGCCCGUUUCCUUCCCGGGGUCUCUGAGUCAAAAUCCAUACUUACAAGGGCAAGUACCUAACAUACAAGAUUUCUAUGAACAGCAAUCGAAGGAAAAUCUUGAGAAGCUAAAAGAACUUCAAGAAAGGCAGAGGCUUAUUCAAAAACACCAGGAGUUUGUGCAGAAGCAGCAGCAAAAGCAACAGGAGAAAGUUGAGAAACUGCACGAGGAGUUUGUGAGUAAGCAGGCGACUAAAUCGGUCCCGAUAUACACCACGACAGAAAAUUACGAAGAUUUCCAGAGAAGAACUCAAGAGAAACGACGCCCAUUACUUCCACACGAAACCGACUUGUUUAGGAAAGCAGUCGAGCUGUAUGAAAAGCAACAUCCAACCACAACAACGACGACAACCACGACGACGACCACGACAUCGAAACCGCCAACGCCACGGUACAGUCGCACGAGACCACCGGCUAGAACGAGAGGUCCUCCGCAAGAUAGAAACAAGCAAAAGCUUUACAAUGAAAUUAAGAACCUCCUCGAAGAAAGUGAGACCAAUGGUUUCGAUGAUGAAUUAAGAGCAAAGAGUGUAGCGUUACUGCAGAAGCCAGAUAUUUUAAAGCAACUAAAGGUAGCGUUAGCUGAAAAUCCCGAAGAUUUUAGUGAGAAAAAUUUCUCAUCUCGCGAAAUAUCCCUUAACGGACAGAAGUUUGAAGUGAUUAGAACUACGAAUCCCAACUUAAUACCUAAAGGUGCUAUUUCUGCGGACAGUGCCGGUUUGGGAAAAAUUAUUUCCUCUCAAGAGUCACAAAAGGAGAGCAAUUUAUCCUUCGACGAUUUGACUAAAGGCGUUUUACCACCUGGAGCUAAUUUUGAGCUCAUCAAACAAAGUGAUAACGGAAAACUAGAGGAAGUAUCCAAAAUACCUACCACCCUGCAAAACAAAAAGAAAGUGACUUUCGUGUUCCUCGAAGAACAAGAAGACGGUACAUACAAGGUCAAAGGUGUCAAAGCUAACGGACAGCAGACAGAGGAAGGUCCCGAAGUUGAAGAAAUUUUGAACAAAAUCAAAAAAGGUGAAAUCCAAUUGCCCGGACCCACGAAGAUUUCCAACAACAUUUACACAUCUACUACAACUGCGAGCCCGUCCACCGCGGUAUACAACGACUACAUAGCGGAUUCCUCGCACCACCCCUCCACCUACUCCAGCUACGUCUCCACCACCACCUACAGCGACUCCGGCCCGUCGAGCAUCCAGACAACUCCUACACCGAUCUACAGGAAUACCGUCACCCCGUCGACGAGGUCAACUCCGUUCGCCCAGACCGCCAGCCCUUCGACUCGCGCCUCGACAACCACAGAGAGAUACUUCGCUAAAUCUUCCACUCCAAAAUAUAUCCUCAACAGGAAUUCGCACUCGCAGACCCCCAGAAGCCCCUUCCAGAGUUCGACGGUCAUCAACAGCACGCCAUCCUACUCCAGGCCCACGCCGGAGGACGUCGUCGUGAUCGGCUCCAGCUCGCCUACACCCAGCUACGAAACACCAACUCCCAACUACAAUGUCCCCAAGUCUUUGAAUCCGGACCUCGUCGAAAUCUUAAAGGAGAACGGAUUGUUUGCAACAGCGAAAUAUCUGAAGCAGUCCGGAUUGGACACCAUACUGAACGAGACUGGGCCGUACACGAUAUUUGCUCCAACUGAUAAGGCUUUCAGAACCUUACUGGUCCAACUCGGGGGCCCAGACAAGGCCGAAGAGAAGUUCCGCGACAACCCGAGACUGUUGAGUGGCCUGCUGCUGCACCACGUGAUCCCGGGCGCGUUCGACAUCGCGUCGCUCCAGGACGAGAUGACGGGCGUGUCGCUGGCGGGCACGCAGCUGCGCGUCAACCAGUACGACAUGCACGACGUCGAGUGGAACGAGGUGCGCGUCACCACCAUCAACGGCGCGCGCGUCAUAGAAGACAAGAAGGACAUACACAUACCACAAGGCAUCGCGCACGCCAUCGACCGCGUGAUGUUCCCGCUGCCGGUGGGCGACCUGGUGCAGACGCUGCAGGCGGACCGCGACCGCCGCUUCACCACCUUCCUCAAGGCCAUCCACGCCAGCGGCAUGGCCGAGACGCUCUCGGAGAGCAAGACGUACACGGUAUUCGCGCCGACUGACGCGGCGUUCGCGCGGCUGCCGGCGGCGGAGACGGCGCGGCUGAGCGAGCGGUCGGCGGCGCGGGCGCUAGUGGCGCGCCACGUGCUGCCCGGCUCGCUCUACAGCGCCGGCAUGCGAUACUACCAGCUGCGCAACUCCAUGGAGGAUGCCAAGCCCCUCACGCUGCAGAAGAACUCAGGUCGCAUCAAGGUGAACAACGCGCAAGUGAUAACGCACAACAUCCCCGCCACUAACGGGGUCAUCCACGCCAUCGACAACAUCCUCUAACCGCCCGAGCAGCGAAGCUCUACGUUCCAGAAACUUCCGUCUCCAAACUAAAGCCAUUAUAAUUCACCUUGUAGUGUGUACAGCCAGCGCAGAUA